AUGAACACAAUUGAGAAGUUUUACCUUCCCAUUGAUGGCAUCCUCGAAAUGUUCAGCUCUCUCACCGAGCAUCACCAUCACAGUGCAGCCCUCACUCCGGUACUCCAGCACCCCAAAGUCUCAAACUUAUCCAAGACCGGUAUGCGCAUCAUCAAGACGAUGAAAGGGCACUGGAGACUACAGGAGAGGAGAGUGGCAGUGAGUAGAUCCUCAAGCUCUGGCAACCGGCAAGUGUCAGCGGAUCGACUCCCAAAAAGGUCCAUGGAUCUGUUGGAGCUGGGUCUGACCAAGCCCAGGAACUGUCGCAGAAUAGUUGUGCUUGGCUCACCCAGAGUGGGUAAAACCAACAUCCUCCAGCGGUUCCUGGGGAAAGAAUUUGUGGAGCAAUAUGAACCCACGACCGAGGACUUCCACAGGAAGCUGUUCCACAUUGGAGGAGAGGCCUACCAGGUGGAUCUGCUGGAUGCGUCAAGUGAGAGGGACUUUCCUGCGAAACGGAGGUUAUCCAUACUGACAGGUGAUAUCUUCCUGGUCGUCUUCAGUUUGGAUGACAAAGACUCUUUUGGCGAAGCCUGCGAGCUGCUGAACGAAAUCAAAGCUGCAAGGGCAAAAUUGCUGAAAUUAAAAAAUCCCGGAAGAGUGCCGGCAGUUGUGUGCGGGAAUAAAGCGGACCUGGAGGCACAGACAGCCGUGAGCCGCUCGGAGGUGGCACGAAUCCUCGGCGAAGAGGAGGUGCCGCUCUUCGAGACAUCGGCCAAAGACGGCUCAGGACUGGAGCUCAUGUUCCGAGCCCUCGCCACCUUGGGGGGGCUCCCCGACGAGACCGGUCCGUCGCGGCAUCAGACCGUAUCCAUCCUCACCUACCAGUCGGUGUGCCUCGGCCACCAGCGGGGCCGGAGAGGGAUCCGGACGCGGGGACUGGGUGCGCCCUGCGCCGCCGUGGACCCUCUGGCGCGCCGGCCGAGCUUCACCAGCGACCUGAGGCUGGUGCUUGGAUCAAGCACCAAACACAACAAACCAGAGAAGUGUCAGAUUCAAUGA